UGUGGGCCUGGUGUUUCCGGCCCAGAGCGCGUACUUGUAUGCACAGAGUGUGUCGAAAUGCUCGCGGUGGUGGUUGUUUUGCUCAUCGGCCGGGCCAUCGCAGCCGAAUCGACCUGCUUGGACUCCGACAUACUGUACGUGAGAAGGCUCAACGCGCCAGAGCAGUCGACUACGAAAAGCUUCCAAGUUUUUCUGAACGCUUCGGACGUUCUUGGUGUGCUGAAACCUUUCUGGAAAAGCACCGGCUUCUGUCCGCCCGAGCCGCACAAUGAUCCGGAAUUCUUCUUGGGAGAUGACAUGCAACAGAACCUCAUAUACAUCGCCUCCGUUCCUGGGUACGGAACUACCCAAGUUAGGAUGCACUGGCUCCUUGACCUCGUGAAUGCCAGCGCCUCGUCGGAGAUGGGCCGUAGCACAGCGUUCAAUUUUAGUUUACUGGACACUCUGCUAGACCGUGUGCGGGCUCUAGGACUUAAACCUGGACUGGAGCUCAUGGGGAACCCUUUUCCACGGCCGCUAGACUUCGAAAAGCAUGCUGACCUCGAGCUAUGGAAGGAGCUCGUCACUGCACUGGCUCGCCACUACCUCGACAGGUACGACGAGGAUUACGUGGCGCAGUGGAAUUUCGAGUCGUGGAACGAGCCGGAUCACAAGAGCUACGGAAACAAUUUCACAGAACAAGGACUGUGCAACUACUACGACGCCUGCUCAGAAGGGCUGAAUGAUGCGAGUCCUCUGCUAAGGCUGGGUGGUCCGGCUGAGAACCUCGCCCCAAGUCAUCACUCUCCCCUUGCCUGGGCGCUUCUCGAGCACUGCGAGAGUGGUGUGCGACUGGACUUUAUUUCCGUCCACCAGAAGGGAAAUGCAUCCACAGCUGACAUCGUGCAAGCGGAGAUGGCUGCCAUGACCAACAUUAGAGAACGAUGCCCUGGCCUCAGCACCAAGUCUUGCAUCAACAAUGAAGCGGAUCCCAUCAAGAACUGGGCGGAGCCUUACCCGUGGCGCGCUGACGCCACGUACGCGGCAAUGCUGGCUCGACUGAUCAAAACGCAUCUGGCAGAGACCGGUUCCUGUGAGUCCCUGAGUAGCGACAACAGCUUCCUCAGUUACCCACCCCAGACCUUCAGCCAGCGCACGCAGCUUGCGCGUUUUCGCAUGAACCUGACGGAGCCACAUGUGCUCUUCGUGCGCAAGCCUGUGCACGCGGUGCAGGCGCUGCUUGGAAAACUGGCGAGUCGCCUGGUCUCCGCAUCCAUCCGACCUCAACAGCAGCACGGUCAGGAUGAAUGGGGUCCUGAGCUGGGUGUCAUCGCAACGGCAUCGGGGUCUCACUCGCUGUCGGCGCUAUUGUACUACAGCAAUGAGUCCGCUUGGGAGCCAGGCAUCGAAGCCAAGGUUUCUGUGCGCGCGCAGUUAGACUGGAGCACCGUACAAUCGCUGGCUGAGCGCUUGCACCAGAAGUAUAUCAAAAUUGGUCGAAGGGAGCGAUUUGCAUUGAAGUAUGUGCGAGUAGACGUGAGGAUUAAGGCCAGCCUUGUGAUCAUCCAACCCCGCCUGCUGAAGGAACAGCAGGAGAAGGUGCUGCAAGAUCCACAGCGAGAAGCUGGACCACAUCCGAGAAGCAGGCGUUUCAAUGCUGCCGACAUGCCCGACGUUGCCAGCCGCUGUGAUACAAAUUCUGCAACUCUUACGCUGAACGAACGGCAACUGCAUGCCGGGAACAGCGCACGGAAGUCAGUGGCGUCCUUUCAGCAUUCGGGCUUCUGGUUGGAAGACGGCGUGGUGGGCUAG